AGAGUCUCUGAGACAGAGAGAGAGGCCAAGCGGAGGCAGCUCAAGAAGCGCGCAGAGUUCAGCCAAACUCCUUGGGCAGCAGUGAGCCCAUACAGUUCAGUUUAGGACUGGGCAGUGGCGGCACCUGAAUCCCUGAAGUCUGGGAGACCAAUCCCAAACGCCGGAAGCGUUGGCGGCGACCGCUCCCAGGGGAAUUGGCCAAGCAGACUAGGGAAAGAAAAAGGGAGGGAGGAAAGGCAAAGCUCAACCAGAAAGGAGCGGAACUAGGACCCGCCGCCCCCUCUACCACAGCCACCGCUACUACCACUGCCACCACCACCACCGCCACCAGCCAUCAUGUUCCUUGCCCUUCCCAGCUCCAGCCUCAAAUAAAAGGCAGAGACAGUUCCUGAACUUUUCUGCCACUUGCUGUGAAGAACAACCUGCCUCCUUACACCCCCCACCCCCGCCCCUCUUUCCGCUGCCCUGAAUAUUCAGGAAUAGGGUGGAGAGGAGUGAGAGGGCUGAGCCUGAGUCCUUCUGAUCCACCUUGCGCCCGGAAUAUGUGAAAAGUGACUAUGGGGAAACGUUGAUAAACUUGUUCAGAAACCCCUGAAAGGAGACACAGGAAGACAUCUGGGGACUCAGAGAAAGAGAGGGGUACCAUUGGCCAGAGAAGAGGAGGAGGUAAAGGAGGAGGAGGAGGAGGAGGUGGUGGUGAAAAGGCUGAUUGUACAGCCCCAACGGACCUGAGCGCAGUAAUGUCAACAUGAUGUUUUACACAAGUCGAAUGUGGAGCUGUCAUUGGAAAUGGAAACUGCAUCCUCUUCUGGUCUUCCUUACCUUAUAUGUUAUUUGUAUUCAUCAUUCAGUUUGGGGAUGUGCCAACUGCAGAGUCACACUCUCCAACCCUUCUGGGAUUUUUACCUCUCCAUGCUACCCCAAUGAAUACCCAAACAGCCAGGUUUGCAUGUGGACCCUCCGAGCUCCAACUGGAUACAUCAUUCAAAUAACAUUUAAUGAUUUUGAUAUUGAAGAAGCUCCCGAUUGCAUUUAUGAUUCAUUAUCCCUUGACAAUGGAGAAAGCCAGACUAAAUUUUGUGGAGCAACUGCCAAGGGUUUAUCAUUUAACUCAAGUGCGAAUGAGAUGCAUGUGUCCUUUUCAAGUGACUUCAGCAUCCCGAAGAAAGGCUUCAAUGCCAGCUACAUCCGAGUUGCUGUGUCCCUGAGGAAUCAGAAAGUCAUUAUUCCCCAGACCACAGAUGCUAACCAGGUGUCUGUUGCAAAAACUGUCUCGAUUCCAGAACUCAGUGCAUUCACUGUAUGUUUUGAAGCAACAAAAAUUGGCAAUGAAGACGACUGGAUAGCUUUCUCUUACUCAGAUGCUUCAUCAACACAAUUGCUGAGCUUUGGAAAGGUCAAAAGGGGAUACUUCCUCUCUAUCUUCGGUGUGGAAUGCCCACUAAACAAGGUUUUAUCAGUAGAUUCACAGGAAGAUAUUUUCACUGAAAACUUUGAACAACUGUGCCUAACUUGGAAUAGCUCUUUAGGCUCUGUCAGCGUGAAUUUCAAAAGGAGCUAUGAAACAGUUAUAUGCAAUUCUACCAUUAGCAAGGUUAUUCCUGGGAAUGGGAAAUUGCUGCUGGGUUCCAACCAAAAUGAAAUAGCCUCUUUAAAAGGGGACAUUUACAACUUUCGCCUUUGGAAUUUUAACAUGAAUUCCAAAACUCUGUCCAACCUCAGCUGUAAUGUGAAAGGGAACGUUGUCGACUGGCAAAAUGAUUUUUGGAAUAUCCCGACCUCAGUUCUGAAAGCUGAAAACAACCUAAGUUGUGGUUCAUAUCUGAUUCCACUGCCAGCAUCAGAACUCACUAGCUGUGCAGACCUGGGAACCCUUUGUCAAGCUACUGUAAACUCUCCUACUACACCACCCAUUGUCACCACUAACAUGCCUGUUACUAAUAGAGUCGAUAACCAAAGGAAUGAUGGCAUAAUUUACCGUAUUUCAAUGAUUAUUCAAAACAUGCUACACCAACCUGAGGUGAAAGUACAGAGCAAAGUUGCAGAAUGGCUCAACUCGACUUUCCAAAAUUGGAAUUAUACAGUCUAUGUGGUCAAUAUCAGUCUUCAUAUGAACACCGGAGAAGAGAAGAUAAAAGUCAAAAGAAGUACUGAAGAUGAUCAAAGGUUGAUGAUUUGGGCCCUUUUAGUUUAUAAUGACACCAAUAACAUCAGCUUGGAAGGCCAACUCAUUGAGGAGAAGCUCUUAGGAAGCAAUGAAUCUUUAGGUGAUGGCUUGCGGCUGUAUACUGUGAGUGUGAAACAAAUUGGGACAUGUCCAGAAAAUGAACACCCUGAAGGGUAUAAAUGGUCAACCACAAAACCAGCUGUCCAAAUACAGCCAUGUAAAGGGAAGCCUGGCUAUUUUGCAUCACGAACUUGUCAUCAGGAUACAACAAACAAAACCUACUGGGGAACUCCUGAUUUAACAAAUUGUGCAGGAAUUACAAAUGAACUAGCCAAUGAACUUCUAAAUUUCACUAGUGAAGGACAAACCCUCACCUCAGCCAACAUAACCAGUAUUGUGGAAUACCUCAAAAAAAUUGUGAAUAAUGAAGAAAACAUUGAUAUAACUCUAGGCUCAACUGUAAUGACUAUAUUUUCCAAUAUCUUAACUAGUUCAGACAAUGAACUGCUGGAAUCUUCUUCUGAGGCUUUAAAAACCAUUGAUGAGUUGGCCUUUAAGAUAAAGCUAAGUAAUGAAGUACCUGUGAAUAUCACAACUAGAAAUUUGGCUCUGGGGGUGUCAUCUCUGACGCCAGAGACAUAUGAAGGUUCAACUUUCAGUAUUGGGCUUCCAAACAGUAAUGAUUCAUAUUUCCAGAUGGACUUUGAGACAGGUCAAGUGAAUUCUCUGGCUUCUGUCAUUUUGCCCCGAAGUUUACUUAUGAAUUUAAGUAAAGAAGAAUCUGAAUCAGUUAGAAGAGCUCAAUUUACUUUCUUCAACAAAACUGGACUUUUCCAGGAUGUAGAAACUCAGCGAGACAAGUUAGUGAGCUAUGUGAUGGCGUGCAGUAUUGGAAACAUUAGUAUCCGGGAUCUUCAGGAACCUGUCCAGGUUAUAAUCAAACAUACAAGAAAUCAGGUGCUACAUCCUAUCUGUGUCUUCUGGGACUUGAAUAAGAACAAAGGUUUUGGUGGCUGGAACACAUCUGGCUGUGUUGCACAGCAAGAAUCAAAUGAAAGUGAGACAGUGUGCUUGUGCAACCACCUCACCCACUUUGGGGUUCUGAUGGACCUUCAAAGAACUGCUUCACAGAUAGAUACACGAAACACGAAAGUCCUGACCUUUAUUACCUACAUUGGCUGUGGAGUUUCUGCCAUAUUUUCAGCAGCAACUCUCCUAACAUAUGUUGCUUUUGAAAAGCUACGGAGAGAUUAUCCCUCCAAAAUCUUGAUGAAUCUUAGUACUGCCCUAUUGUUUCUAAAUCUAAUUUUCCUCCUUGAUGGUUGGAUCACCUCAUUUGACAUUGAUGGACUCUGUGUAGCUGUUGCAGCCCUUCUACAUUUUUUCCUUCUGGCAACCUUCACGUGGAUGGGAUUGGAGGCUGUUCACAUGUACAUUGCUUUGGUUAAAGUGUUCAAUACUUAUAUUCGCCGGUAUAUAUUGAAAUUCUGCAUCAUUGGCUGGGGUUUGCCUGCUCUGGUGGUGACAGUUAUUCUAGCAAGUAGAAAUACAAAUGCAAAUGAAAUCUAUGGAAAAGAACGUUAUGGCCGAGACAUCAAGGAACAAGGCAAUGAGUUCUGUUGGAUUCAAGAUCCCGUGGUGUUUUAUGUGACCUGUGCAGGCUAUUUUGGAGUCAUGUUCCUCUUGAAUGUUGCCAUGUUCAUUGUUGUAAUGGUGCAGAUCUGCGGGAGGAAUGGGAAAAGAAGCAACAGGACUCUCCGAGAAGAGAUACUGAGGAACCUACGGAGUGUGGUUAGCCUCACUUUUCUCUUGGGCAUGACCUGGGGCUUUGCCUUCUUUGCCUGGGGACCCUUAAACAUUGCUUUCAUGUACCUUUUCUCCAUCUUCAAUUCAUUACAAGGCUUAUUUAUAUUCGUAUUUCACUGUGCUAUGAAAGAGAAUGUUCAGAAACAAUGGAGAAGACAUCUCUGCUGUGGAAGAUUUCGUUUAGCAGACAAUUCAGACUGGAGCAAGACAGCCACUAAUAUCAUCAAGAAAAGUUCAGAUAAUCUGGGGAAGUCAUUGUCAUCAAGCUCCAUUGGCUCUAACUCAACUUACCUUACAUCUAAAUCUAAAUCCAAUUCCACUACAUACUUCAAAAGAAACAGCCAUCCUGAGAGUAUUUUUGUGGACAAGCCAUCAUCAAAACUUACCCAUCUAGAUGGAGAACAAACAUCCAUCAUCCCUGUCCAUCAGGUCAUUGACAAAGUCAAGGGCUAUUGUAAUGUUCACUCUGACAACUUCUACAAAAACAUCAUCAUGUCAGACACGUUUGGCCACAGCACCAAGUUUUAAUUGGAUGGAAUCAGCUUCCAAACAGAGACCUACAAGCAACUCAAAGAAUAAGCCUGCCAACUAUAAAAGUGCCAUUACCUAAGUAGUACCAUGCAUUAGAAGGAUGUGUUUUUCAUUACAAACAUUGUGAGAUCUACAAUGGAACUCAUCUGUGCCUUCCUCCCCAUGUUGGAGCCUUCUCCCAUUUCCAAAAUCUGAGUUCUCUGAUGGCAACAUGACUCAGUAGCCACCAGGAACACUGUACUUUUUAGAGUUUAAUCACACCAAUCAGAACUAAAGAAUAUUAAAAAACCAGAGGACAAGGAAAAAACAACAGUCAAAAAAUCAAUCCCAAUUGAGAACUUACACUGAUGGUGAGUUGUUUUGGACAUCAUCGAUGGCUACAUAUUCUUCCCCUACAUUGAAGAAAACUAGAAUUUUCAUCACUAUAUAUGGCUGAUUCCCUAUAAGUCCUCCCCUAAUACUGGUUCCAUAUUUCCUUUUUGUGCCUUGCUUAUAGGUGAAAUUUCAAGCAGAUAAACAUUCAAUUUUUAAUUCUUUCAUCCAAAAAGUACAAAGAAUCAUUUAUUAGUUUAACUAUGCCAAAGCUAAUUGUUUAACACUUUAGCUUUUUGAGUAAGAGCACAUUUCCUCAACAUCUAGAUACCCUUGUCAACAUGCUAAAUUUCUGAAAUGUUUCACAGUUUCUGUACAUGUAACAUAUAAACAUAUAAAGCAUUGCAAGUUAAAGCAGUGUCAGGGUUCAAAUUUUACUAGUAAAUGCCAACUAGAGGAUGCCAAAUAGCACAUUUAAGAUAGAUAUUCCUCUUUUUUAAAGUAUGAUUGGAGAUACCUAAGGGUAAAGAUAAUUUGGUCUGUAAACAGAGCUGCCCCCAUUUUAAGAAAAGUGGCAUAGAGAGGCAAGCCAUGACCCUACCCUUUCCUCCCAGAAAUUAGACCAUGAAUAUACAUGGAAAAUUCCUGUCUGUUCCAGGGUCCUGGGGAGAUCAUCUAAAUAAUCCCCUAUGUUCUUUUACUCUCAAAGUAGAAGGGUUUAAAGUGCACACACCAGGAAUCCAACCAACUCUUCAAAUAUCUGUUCCUACAGACAGCCAAAGUAGCUGCUUAUACACUCAGAAGUUACACAUCUCCUGAUUCUGGAGUGUCUGCUAUUGGGAUGUCUGUACAUAAUUUCUCCGAUAUGCCAUGAAAUAGUUGGCCUGCUUGUGAGGGAAUUGGCACAAAUAGAUCAUAUUUGGGGUAUAACAAAAGUGCUUCAUCCUUCUGACUGCAUACAGAUGGGUGACAUUCUCAAGCUCUUGAAAAUAGCCUUAAUUGUUUUGAGGGUGCUACAAGGGAAUGGCUACUUGGUAAGUACUAUGUAGCAGAGGACAUUUUUACUUAGCAUCAAACAACAAUUGGUUUUAAUGGAGCUUUUUUCAGAAUUUGCUUCAGCACAGGCUGUACUUUUAAUAUUCACUCCAUGCCAUCUGGGAAGCAAAAUGGAAAGCCUCAGUUUUCUAGGUAGACAGCUACCCUUACUGUAAGAAAUGCUGCCUUGUGAGUAGAGCUGACCCACUUGGAAACCUGGACUGGAAACUUCCUUAAAUGCCUUUCUGACAAUUUGAGACAAUGGAUGGCUUGCUCUGUACCUUAGAACAGCAUGAGGCUUGUUCUUUUCCCUAAGGCAGCUCAAAGUGUUCCAAAUAUGCUUUAAAAUGUAAUACAUCUUUGAAUGUCACAGCCAAUGAUUCUAGGCUAAUAGUUUCAAAGAUUCUCUCUGCUGAGAAGCAGUUGCCAUUUUUUACUAGCUUGUUGAUAUUAUCAAAUGAUGAGAUGUUGAGUUUUUGCUUGUAUUCUCCUCUGCUUGGUUCUGUGGAAGAAUACUUGAAAUAUUCUCCCAGGAGGUAUGACCAGGUGACCCACCUGGCUACUACAGUAGAAAGUUGAGAGGCAAACAUUAAUGAUCAGAAAACAAAAUCUUACUAUUUUUGUAGAACAGGAAUUCAUAACCUUGUUUUGUGUCUUGGAUCUCUUUUAUAAGGCUGGUGAAGCCUAUGGAUCCCUUCUCAGAAUCAUAUUUCUAAAUGCAUAAUGUAAAAAAACUGAUUAUUUAAACAUUGUUAUAUGAAUAUAAAAUUUAUCUAAACUUUAAAGUUUAAGGACUCAAGGUUGAGACAUCAUUAGAGCCUAUCUUAGAUGAGAUUCAAUUCAUUUGAAAAUUUGAAUUUAUAUAUUCAGAGAAAUCCACGUGCCUUUACCUUAGCAAUCUAUCCUCUGUGCCAAUGUGCCUUUCUAUAGAUAUUCAUAAAAGAACUUAGCCAGCAUUUAUUGCUGAAACAUUACUAUCCAAAAAGUAGGUGUACUUAAUAGUCCUUAAGAUACAAUUUUAAAUAAAUCUGUUUUACAUUCCCAUUAAUACCGUUAUAAGAAGAUAUUCCUAAAACAGAUUGAAGAGGAGAAAAUAAUUGAACAUGAAGAUAUACGAGCAGAAUUGAGACAUAGAGUCAAAUUCUACCUUCAGUCCUGAAGUCUUUGCUCUCAAAAUGACAAAAGUGUGAAGGAGGAGGAAGAAUUUGGCUCAGGGACUACAAUGGCUUAAACCUUAAUAUCCAUUCUUUGAAAGUUAUGUCAGAUUAGCCUUGUUGUCCUUAAUAGAGAGCUGCCUCUUUUCUUUUUCUUUUUUUUUUACUACCAUGUAGUAGAGUUGCAAAUUAUCAGUCUCAGAUGCUUUCAGUUCUUGUCACCAUAGCUUUCAGUGUAAAGAUUUCCUUUGUCAAUAGCCUCCCUUGUACAUAUUUAUUUAUUUUUGUGUCUUAAAGUGUUAUUUUUUCAUAGCUUCAAUCUGUCUGCCUUUGUUGUUUUAAUGAACUUUUCUUUGGAAGGGAAAUUGUGGGUGGGGAGAGAAGAGAGAGAUAUUGUAUAUAUUUUCUAAACACUUUGUGAAAUAUUUUCUGUAGCACUCUGGUGAAGAAAAAUUACUGUGAGCUUAGAUUGAAAUUAUUAGUCAGUAAGAAAUUAGUUCAGUAGAUUUGCCAUUUUCCUAAAAUGGAAAAUAUUUUUAUAUACAUACUUAUGAUGUUAAUAUUCCAAAUUAUUAAAUUCCUUUAUGAGUGAA